UCCAAAACGAAAAGCUCAAAAACAUCGGAGCGCCGAUGAGAACCUUCCACGAUUUGAUGGGCUGCUAAAAGCUCUCAAUUCUGCCAAAACCCAACCUUAUAUGAAUAACCACAACUUUAAAAACAAAGAAAUACCCACUAUUGUGUAGAAAAUGACACCCUCACCAGCAACAACCUCCACCUCCACCACAACCUCAACCUCAACAACCACCCCCCCCCAUUCUCCAAAACCCGUCCAAGGACCUCCUCCCUCCCUCUCCCUGCCGCCCUCCCAAUUCGCCAGACUUCAACCUCAUUCCUACCUCCUCGCGCACCUCUCACCUUCAUCUCCAGAUUCAAGACCCCCCCUUCGCGUAAACGGGCGCACACCAUCCCAAUUCCGCCCCGCAUCCAUCAACAUCGGCUCGCUCACACAUACCAAUGCCAGCGCAGUGGUUCGCAUGGGUGACACAGUCGCCGUGUGCGGUGUGCGCGGCGAAAUACUCUCGACGGAUGAUAUAGCCGCAUGGAACGUGUCGUCGUCGUCAGAUCCAUCCACCUCAAAACGGAGGAAAACAGACAGUGCGCAGGCGGGGCAAUUACAACACAAACAAAAACAAAACGAACCACUGGAAGACGAAGAAGAUGAUGACAACAACGAAGACGACUCCGAGAUCCACGCCUUCAACCUCCUCGUCCCCAACCUCUCCCUCAACACCGGCUGUACCCCCAGCAUAGCCGCCUCCGCCUCUCCCUCCACCCUCGCCCAAUCGCUCUCCCACAAACUUCUCUCCCUCCUCCAUACCACCCGCCUGGUCCGUGCCUCCGAUCUACGCAUCCUCCACCACCCACCUAACCUCACAGACAUAACGACCCUGCAUGCAUCCACACCAGCACCAGAGCGCGAACCAGAAACAAAAGCCUUCUGGACCCUCUACAUCGACAUCCUCAUCAUCUCGCACGCAGGCAACGUUUUUGACGCCGCAUGGGGCGCCAUGAUUGCCGCGCUGCGCGACACACGCCUCCCGAAGGCGUGGUGGGAUAUGGAUAGCGAAAUGGUGCUUUGUUCCGAUGAGGUCUCCGAGGCGCGGCCGUUGAGGCUCCGGGGCCUGCCGGUUGCGAGUUCGUUUGGGGUGUUUGAGGCGGAUGAGAUGGAGAAGUGGAGGAUUCCGAUGCCGGUUGGUGAGGAGGCGGAGGAGAAGGGGCGAAUGGGUUCUGGGAAACUCAAGGCGGUGGAAUAUGGGGGAAGUGGUGGCGAUGGAAGACCGCGGCGAUGGAUAUUGGCGGAUUUGGACGGGUUUGAGGAGUCGUUGUGUGCGGAGAGGGUGUGCGUUGUUGUAGAUAAGGAGGCAGGGGGGUCGGUGAAGAUUCUGAAGUUGGAGAAGAAUGGCGGGUUGGCGGUUGGGAGGAGGGAGAUGAGAGAGUUAGUUGAGCUGGCGGCGGGUAGGUGGGAGGAGUGGAAGGGCUUGUUUGGGGAGCGGUGACUUCUAUAUUGUCAGUCUUUUUUGCCUAAUAGAGAGGAUUCCGCGGGAGGUAAUUGGAAUGGAAUCUUUUUCGAAACUUUGAUAUGUAUGUAGCAUGGCAUGCGCAUUUAUAGAUCCACGAGCAUUUUUCAUUCUAGAGUUCUUGCUGUACACGACAAGUGUGAGCGUAAACAACCCAUUAUUAGCUAACCAGGGAGCCGAACGUUAUGGUUCCCCGUAACUCCGGUUCUCUUUUCUCUCCUUCCAUCCACUCAACAUAUCACAUCAUGUAUUUAGCGAGAACUGGAUAGAGAUAUGUUUCCCUCGAGGGCCGAGGAAGCCAGGACCAAGCAGAAACUAGUUGUAUUAGUUACCCAUCUCCCCAUUUAUCUCUAGCACGUCGAAUCCUACCUAUCACCAAGGAUAAAAUGUGAGGGCAAAGGCCAGAGAGAAGUAACUGUACAGCGACGGGGGAAUAUCUAGUCAUCACAACUGAAUGUAUGCGUAAAACGGGUAUUAACAUAGAUCAUCAAACCCAGUCAAAAUAACACCGUUAUAACCCUUCCGCAAUCCAUCCCUAUGGGGUUUCCUAUCCUA